AUGGGUAUUCUGACUGGUCGAAGUGAGGGUAUUAAAUUAUUAACAUAUUGUGAUCUAGCAUUCAUUGGUACUUUAACAGAUUAUUCCAAAGGUAUGUCAACAAGAUCAUUACCACCAAUAGUUCAUUAUACACUUGAAUUCGACAAAUAUGAACAAAUACGUGGUAUACCUAUUGAAAACGAAGAGCCACAUUUUCAUUAUAUGCAGACAGGCAGUGGUGGCCAAAUAUUAGAUCCAAAUACUCAUAGAUUAAUUCCUGCACCUGAACCUAAACGUCCAAAAAUCGAUCAAUUAUAUUUAGCAUUACUUAAUGAUUCACGACAAAUCAAACAACUUGUUGAAAUUACAACAGAUGAUAUUGAUUUAUUACGACAAUUAGCAUUACAAAAUUAA